CGUCUCGUCUGAGGAGCAGUAACAACAUUCAUCUCUGCAUAGUAACCUUACCUAUCACCUUCAAUUCCACCUCGAAUUGCCUCUCGGGGACCAUAUUUUGUCGUCGCGUUCACCGGAUUCAUAACAGACACAACUUUCAUAACAGCAAUCGGUCUGGAUCGCGGACGAGAACCUGACCUGUCACUCGGUUUGCAUAAGUAUCUCAUUGUGCAAAAUGGAACUCGUCUCCACAGAGCAAGGGAUACAGCUGUAUCUGGCGCUUCAGGACGUGUCCAAGAACACCCUUCAAGAUAUUUUAAUGUCGCUCUGCUAUCAGGUUCCCCACGCAUAUGGGCUUGUGGAGAAGAGGCUUUUUGUCGAUGAGGAUGAGGUUGCGCCAGUGGAUGUGACGGAGGAGGAGGAUAGUGAUGCUGAUGAUGAUGAUGAUGAUACUGAGAAGAGUGAUGUCGAGGACGAGUCCGAGUCCGAGGGUAGCAAUACAGCCAGAAAGAGAAAGAGGACGCAGCCGGAGGAGGACAGUGCUGGUCCGAAGAAGAUUCGGCUGCGCUAUGCGAUCUGUAUGAACUGCGAGGAGGAGUAUGAUGUCACGGAUAAUACAAGUGAGAGCUGCAAGUAUCAUCCUGGCGAGCCAGAGCCAGACGAUGAUUUCUUCGCGGGCCAUGACGAGAGGACCUGGAGAGACAUUGAUACCCCAGAGAACCGGGAGGAGUAUCCCCAGGGCUUCAUCUAUGAGUGCUGCGGCAAGAACGGCGAGGAGCCGUGUACGACUGACUGGCAUCGGGAGAGGGGGGCGGUAGAGCCAGACAUGCCUCGCUAUAACGUAUUUACCGGCGCUUUGUAUUACUAUUAGCAUAUUCCUAUCUUCUAGUCUG